AACUAGUCGAACAAAGCAGUGUUGGUCGUUCUCAAUCGCCGGGAGGAGGAUCAAUGGCGUUCAUGCGGUACCGUGGGCUGCCGCAGGGGGAGCUAACGGCGGAGGAGUUCUGGGCGUGGCUGGGUCAAUUCGACGCCGACCACGACGGGAGGAUCAGCCGCGAGGAGCUUCAGCGGGCGCUGCAGAGCCUGAACCUGUGGUUCGCGUCCUGGAAGGCGCGGGAAGGGCUGCGCGCCGCCGACGCCAACCGUGACGGCGCCGUCGGCGGGGCGGAGGUCGGCCGGCUCUUCGCCUUCGCGCAGAGGCAGCUUGGGAUCAAGAUCACCCAGCUCGGCUCCUAUUGA